AUGGCUGAUAAUGAUGAUUAUGAAAUUUAAUAUCAAAAGUAUUUAGAGAAAAUUGGAAUGACUCCACCUAAUAUUGGAGUUAGAUAAACACCUUCGAAAUAAAAGGAUAGAGAAUUUUGCUCUAGAUAAUUAUUCUAGAAUACUUCAUAAUAAAAAGAACUAAAUUAUUAAAGAAUUAAUUCAAUUAUAGUAUUAAAUAACUAAUUAGAAAUUAAUUUAACCAAUAAAUAGAGUUAAUCUAAAAUAUAAAAUAUCUCUUUGAAUUUGGAAGCUAAAAGCCCAAUUGUGGAUAUAUAAACUAGCUUAAUCAAACCAAUUGAGUAAAAAAAUUAAAAAGGAUUAGCUCAAAUUGAUGAAUUUGCUGAUGAUAAUUUGUAAGAAAAUUCUAAUAAAACUAAUUGUUUUGACUCAAAUAUUCAAUAAGAAUAAAUUAAGAAUGAAAAUUUGGAUCAAUAAAAUCUAGAUUUUUCUUCCAUUCAAUUAAGACCUACUAUCGUCAGUAAAUCUCAUGAUGAAAUUUAAGGGAAGACUUAGGAAGAAAAAAAAGAUACUUAAUUAAAUAAUCAAACAAUUGAAUAAAAUAAUAACUUUGAAAUCAAAUAACAAAAUAGCCUCAUAAAGAAUCUUUUUAAUGAGAAUAAUUAAGAUAACUCUGAAUAGAUACAGACUCCUGAGAAAUAUGGAGAAAUUGAAAAUAAAAUUAUAUUUUGUUAAGAGAAGGAGAAAGAAUAGAAUUUAUAACCAGAAAUCAUUGAAGAAAAUAAAUCAACAAAAGAAAUUUAAUCUUAAUAAUUUAUAAUUUAAGAUCAAAAUUAAUUUAUUCCUUAACAAUAAACUCCAAAAUAAGAAUCAAAUAUUGAAAUAGUUGAGGCUGAAAUUGCUUAAGAAUUUCACCUAGAAAUGUAAUAAGAUGAAAAUAAUCUUAAAAUCAAUAAUAAUAUGGAUAUUGAAUAAAUGAACUAACCAGAGUCUGAGGAAUAGGUAGAUAAAUAAGAAACCUUUAAUAUUAAUAAAUAACAAUUUUUAAUUGAAAAUUAAUUGUAAGAGGAAAUAAAUUAAGAGCCUUAAGACCAUGAAAAAAAUUAAAAUAAUAUUGAAAAUCCAAUUGUUUAACAAGAGCUUCUAAAAUAAAGAGAAGUUGAAAAGUUAAAAAAAAAAUAAUAAAAAUAAAAAAAAAGUAGAAUUAAUAAUAAGAAAAAGAAAAGAGGUAAGAAAAAUAAAAGUGAAUAAAAGGAAUAAGAAUAAUAAAAAAAAUAAGAAUAAGUUUAAGAUAAAAUUAUUAUUUAAGAAUAAAUAGUAUAGGUUGAUGAAAGUUUAUAGAAUAAUAAUUAGAAGAAUGAAGAUAAUUAUUAACCUAUCCAAAAUCAAAUCAUAUAGGUGGAAUAAAAUAAUCCAAUUUGUAACUUUUUAUAAUAGUUAAUUGGAGGAUUUUGUAGGGAAGAUAUAAAAAUAAAUUGGAAUAAAUUUACAUUUUUAAAAAGAAAAAUUUAUAAGUAAUUUAAAUAUAUAUAUGAUUUAUAGGAAAAGAUCUAUAUUGUUAAAAUCAAAGCUGCUAAUAUGA